UCUUUAAUGGGACAGUGCCUGCCAAUUCCGCGCCAAACUUCAUGCCGAAAGCUCUGUUUGAUAAGGAUUCUGUGCUGAUCAUUCACAGUGGCUGCUGAUACCGGGAUUAUCUCCGAUAUGUUUAAAUUUCUGCUCACAUUUGGCGCCGGAGUUUACUGCGGGAUCUACAUUUCGCAGAACUACGAGGUACCCCGUGUAGAUGAGCCCGGAAAGCUCGUGGACAAGAUCACGGAGUACAUCGAGCAGCAGAAGAAAAAUCACAAAUGGCGCUACUAAACCUGUUUAUUGGCGAAUAUGAGCAAGACGGCAUCUCGGAGUUCAUCUUCAGCCAACAUACGCAUCAACUCUUCCCUUGCUUCACCAAUACGCUCUCGAUCAUUGCUGUCCACGACAAAUAUGAGACCCUUCAAGGAAAAACAAAACAAACAAAGCCAUCCCCGUAAGUCGAACCGCAGAAGAACCUAAAUAACAACAACAACAACAGAACUUCCUCCUUACUUGCGUAUUCUGGAAAUAGUGCCGCCAAAGUGGUCGAAUCUUAUCCUGACCACCAACAUCCCAUACUGUGAAGCUAAUAUUCUUGUAUUCUACCGUCUCAACGUUGAAACCUAAAUAAAUGACAAUAAAAAAAUCAAAA